AUGACCGAAAGCAAGCCGGGGCCGAACCAUAAACAGCCUCAACAGGCUGUCAGUUCGUUAACCAAGUUAUUGAACGAGUCGAAUUCCAAUGUGGGCUCGAAAAACGCCUCGCUGACGAGUUUGAACCUGCCCGGCUUUUCCGAACCAAAGAUAUCUCCAUCCACGGCUAUUCAGAACACAAGCUCUGAUGAUAGCGGUAUUGCUCUCCAGAUCAACCCUCCAACCACUAUAAAACACCAAAAUGACACUGCUGUAGGUGGAAGCAGCAUCCUGCCUCGCCAGAAGACCAGUUCGGUGGCUCCUGGCCUGGAUCACCCCGGUUCGAAUCCUGUCAUUAUGAAUGGUGGGUUUGACCAGUCCAACCAAGGCCGUGACAUUCCCUUUGGCGGCCGCUCCUACGGAUCCAAAGAUAUCCCUAUACGACCACCACAGGCGUGCCAGAGUCCUAGAGUGAAUAGAACAAACUCUGUGUCCCAUACUUCGUUUUUUGCUACUGGAGGCUACGGAUCUGAGAGUUUGUCAUCUUCUAUUCCCUACGUUGCUCCUGGCGGACGUGGUAACAGUGUAACAAGCAAUGACCCAACUGGUUCUUAUAAGGGAAACAACGGUUUUGCCAGUAAUGGCACUUCUAAUCUUUCAAAGGCUUUACGCAGCAAUAGCGUUACCUCUGAGUCACUGGACCACGUUCCCAACUUACCUAAUGGCCAACCUAUUCUGUCUAUCCACUUCCUGUCGCCACAAGUCAACUCAAUGUCUAUCGAGCCUCGUUUUGUUAUUUCCAAGCAACGUGUUGCUCAGGCUCAGGCCCAAGCUCAGGCCCAAGCUCAAGCUUCUUUAUCAAGCUCUGGACGUCAAGGCUCCCAACUGGGUCUUUCAUACUUCUUUUCUUCCAAAAACAAAGGAGGGCUGCAGAAACCAGGCUCUUCCACUGAUCUUGGAAGCUUCUACAACAACGCACCUACAACCAUAAACGAAAAUGCCGUCAUGGGAACAUCGCCUUCGAGUCUUUCCUCCGCAGACUCAGCCAACAUGUACAGCUCUUCCAGACAUAACUCCAUGGCCAACUUGAAGCGUUUCUUCAAGAAGAGCCAGUCGCCAUCCCAGCCAAUUCCUGUGGGUAAAAUGUCCACUUCCAUGCGGUCGACCAACUCUGGAAGUAUUCCAGCCGGUAGUUCUUUCGCUACUGCUUAUACAAGUCAAUCAGGCGGCUCUAAUGUUUCUGAAAAUUCGUAUUCAAAGUCCCCUGUCACUGGUUUUGCCGUGGGCUCGGCUUCAAUCAGCAGAACCCCAUCGUUGGUGCGUGACAGAAGAGGUUCAAUUAACGGUAUCAACAACCAGCAAUCCCAGCAGUUGCCAUUCUCAAAGAGAUACAGUAAAUAUGGUGAGAGCCUUGGUGCUGGUGCUGGUGGUGCUGUUAAACUUGUCAACAGGUUAUCCGAUAAAAAGACUUUUGCAGUCAAGGAAUUUAGACAAAAGUACCAAAACGAAACCAAGAGGGACUACGCCAAAAAGAUCACCAGCGAAUAUUGUAUCGGCUCAACCUUGAAGCAUCCUAACAUCAUUGAGACCGUCGAAAUUUGCUACGAAAACGAAAGAAUCCUCCAAGUGAUGGAAUACUGUGACUUCGACUUGUUCGCCAUUGUCAUGUCCAACAAAAUGUCCCGUGAAGAGAUCAACUGCUGCUUUAAACAGAUCUUAUCGGGAAUCAACUACUUGCAUUCUAUGGGAUUGGCCCAUAGAGAUUUGAAGUUGGAUAACUGUGUUGUCGAUGCACGUGGUAUUGUCAAAAUCAUUGACUUUGGAUCAGCCGUUGUUUUCUCCUAUCCAUUUUCCAAAACUUUGAUUGAAGCUCAAGGCAUCGUCGGAUCUGAUCCUUACCUUGCUCCUGAGGUUUGUGUCUUCAACAAGUAUGAUCCUAGACCGGUAGACGUUUGGUCUGUGGCGAUCAUCUUCUGUUGCAUGAUGUUGAAGAAGUUCCCUUGGAAGGUACCAAAGAUGAUCGACAACAGUUUCAAGCUCUUUGCCACUCGUGAUGAAGGAAAGUCAUUGAGUGAGAUGCUUGUGAAGACCCCUGACACGUUUAGCAUGCCAGAACUCGGAUCAGCUAUAGACGAAGUUGAUGCUAGCGACAUGCUCGAAUCCCCAGGCCAAAAUGGCGACAGCAAGCUGGGAGAAGGGUUGUCCCACACUUCCAGCGAGACUGGACUUGGGCGUCUUUUGCUUGCAUUGCCUGAAGACUGUCGUCCUUUGAUAGGACGGAUGGUCGAGUUGGCACCCGCAUGCCGUAUUUCAAUCGAAGAGUGUUUCCAGGACGAAUGGUUGAACAGCAUUUGUAUGUGUGCUGUUGAAGAGCGCAUCAACGAAGACGGUCUGUUUGACUACCAAGUGUUCAAGGGCCCCGACCACGACCACACCACGGUUGACCAAUCCAAGGCCCACAUUGCGGCUUUCGACAAGAACAAGAAGAAGUAA